AUGUGGAUUGCCCUAAGUGUCGCGGUCGGACGUAUUCGUCAACUGUUCAUUCGGCUACUGAGUCGUUACGGUAGUCGACGUCAUUUCUUUCUUUCCCUAUCGAUCUGUUUGAAUACAGAACUAGAAAAACAAGAAGCCAAAGCACGAGCGGAGAGAGAACGCCAGCGUCAGGCUUCCGCGACCAGUGCAAUGGCCGAUCACUUACGUCGUGAAUGGCAACACCGAACGGAACAGAUUGAAUUGCAGGCCCGACUGGAACGAAAACGACAGAACGAAGAACAGUUAAAGCAAGCUGAGGAGUGGGAAUCCAAGAUGAGUCGUCUCUCUGAUUGUCUUGUCCGGGUAAAAUGGAAUCCAUCGGAAAACCCAGAAGUUUCUGCUAUGUACACCAAAGAUUUCCUGGUCACCUGUCUUUCAGAACACGGAGAUGUGGUCACAAUCAUGGUUGGCAAACGAGGCACCGCGAUGGUCGAAUUCUCCUCCCUUUCCGAUGCAAAAACGGCAGUCGCCGCCUCAGAACAGGGCGCUGUGGGUUUGCCCUCCCUGCCAUUGAAGUUGUCAUUGGUUGAACAAAACCACGGUCCAGAGCCCGGACAGUUUGUAUCUGAGCACUCGGAACAGGACAAAUCGCCAUUCCCUGCUCGAAAUACUUCCUCGGUAAGGAUGUGA